AAAAGACAAACAACUUGACGUCAUGACACAAAAUAAAAAUCUAACAAAUGCUCAAGUAUCUAAUGUUAUCUCUCAAAUGUGGAAAAAUGAAAAAAAAGAAACAAAAUUAUAUUGGAAAAAACUUGCUGACAGUAUGAAGCUCAAACAUAUGCAAAAUUAUCCUGACUAUGUAUAUAAGCCAAAAAAACGUAUGAAAAAUGCUUCAGUGAUUAAAGCAAAGAUAUUGGCUCUUGCUCACAAAGAACUAUCUACUGAACCAUCAUUAUCUAUUAACAAUCAACCUAAUAUUAAUGAUAUUUCUUAUUU